AUGAGUUCUGACCAAUGGGCUUCAGGACCCCCUCUGGGCCUCCUGCCACACGAGUUAUUGGAUAAAAUCGUCCAGGGGUUGUUUCCAGGCGAUGUCGUGUCACUCGCAAAGACUAGCAGGUUGAUGCACCAACGAAUGAUCCCCUUUCUGUAUACACAGGUGAUUAUAACUAAACAAACCUGGCCGUUGGAGAACCUUCGCAAUGUCCCUCCCUUGGAGGAGCUCGAAAGAACAUAUUUUCAGGAAGACGGUUCGAGGGAAAGGGUAUCGAUAUUGAAUUUUGCGAUGAGUUUGACCAUCUUCCCUAAACGCUGGAGUUUCUCACGAUGCUCUUUAUCCAAUAUAUCUGAAGGGUCUCCUCCACCUUCGAUACAACAUGCUACUACCCUUGAAGCUGUGUCUUUUGCAGCGAGGCAGAUCUUUUCUCAGGUCCAAAAGGGGUCACUUCGUCAUUUUGGAUGGACGAUAGGCUACUGCAUGCCAGAAGAACUUCUCGGACCACUGGGCUAUAUCACUAUUAGUCACACAAACCUUAGAUCCCUGUCCCUGGUGGUGGACGGCUCCUGCCCUAACAACGGUCUUUACGGACUCGCUCACCUCAAAAAUCUCCAGGUAUUCUCGUGGCGUGGAGUCGUUACUAAACGAAAUUUCAAGCUCCUUCGGAUAGUUCUCGAGCAUAACGCCAAACAUCUGAACGUCCUCGAAGUGGAGAUUGUGCGCCGCCGCGGGGCAUCACGACAUCCGACAGAAAUCGAAUUGGACUUGAUUUGGCUUGGGUUAUGCGUUCCAUCAAAUCAUCACAUUGCCAAGGUUGAAGGGGCACACUUGGUUAAGAAUCGAUUCUGGCUCAAGUCACUCCGCACCUUGUCCCUGCGCAAUGCUUCGCUUGCUGCUUGGACGGCCUGCGACACGUUGACGUUUGAUCCCGGAAACUUGUUCAAAUUGAAGCUGGAACUUUGCGUGAAGACGCUCCAGUUCUUCGACACAUGGGACAGCAGAAACCACGGUCUCAUUCUUCGAUCUUUCCACUCGAUCAUUGACGAGAGGUGGAGAACACGUACGGUAUUUCCUCUGGAACGUUUGAUAGUCAAAUACGGCAGCAGGAUAGAAGAGUUUUUCGUUACUUUCACGGAUCAAUUUACGGUCGACAUACCUUUUCAUCGCCUCAGGCCGUAUUUGAGGCGAAUGGUUCUCAGCUUUUUCAAAAAGAGACACGGAAUCCGAGGUGAGGCCAACCUCCCCGAUGCGUAUUCCAUUCUCUCGAUUCUCGAGGUUUUAUCUGGCUUAGAAGGAGUGGCUUUUAUGAGGUCUCCGUAUAGUGUGCGCAAAUAUCUUCGAGGUGCGACACCCUAUCCACAACUCAAAGUCAUUCAUUUCAGAAUGCCGAGGGAUAAAAUGACCGGUAUAAGCCCAAUGGUGGACUAUAAUUGUCCAACAAAGGCCAUCAUCGACUCGAUAAAACAGUUUGAGCGAUACGACACUGGAAACGACACAGCCGUGAUACUAUCCGAGCUGGUGGAUUUCGCCGCCUGGGCAUUCGAUUGCACUACUUUCCCUAGCCUGGAAGCCAUAGCAAUGGGGGAUUUCGCUCAUCCCGAGGCAUGUUUUGUGCUUCGUCGCAGGACUGACUUGCCGCGGUACAGUCAAGAAGGGUAUUUGGGGCCCCUAAUGCGGGCCUACGUUGAGUAUAGAAGAAAUGACUCCACCCCCAUGAUACCUUUUGACAUUGUGCGGCCCCUAGACCUGCGUCCGUGGAAAGGCCUGGAGGAAUGCCGCCAGAUGAUUCUGGUGAAUUCGUCUGGUGAUCCAUGGAAUGGGUUUUGA